UGUGGGAGCUAUACAGGAGCCCUGCAACCCAGCCCUCCAGUUUCCGGAGACUUCGGAGAACCUCCAGCAAGCACGCACGGGCCACAAUAAAAUUUGCAUGAUCAGAACCUCCCUCCGCCUCUCCCUCCCUAGCUUUCCCCUUCCCUCCAUUCUUUCCAUCCCUGAAAACCUGUGGCUCCGAGAGACCUUGGCUUCUCUGGGACUCUACCCCAGGGGCCUGCCCACAUCCGCUCCUGAGUUUGGGGAGCAGAGGGGCAAAUCGCCCCAAGAAGUCUCUCCAGCGAUGGGAGCCGCCCGCCUGCUGCCUAACCUUACCCUGUGCUUGCAGCUAUUGAUCCUCUGCUGUCAAACGCAGUACGUGAGGGACCAGGGCGCUAUGACUGACCAGCUGAGCAGGCGGCAAAUCCGUGAGUACCAGCUCUACAGCCGGACCAGUGGCAAGCACGUGCAGGUCACCGGGCGUCGCAUCUCUGCCACCGCUGAGGAUGGCAACAAGUUCGCCAAGCUCAUCGUGGAGACAGACACAUUCGGCAGCAGAGUCCGCAUCAAGGGGGCAGAGAGCGAGAAGUAUAUCUGUAUGAACAAGAGGGGCAAGCUGAUUGGGAAGCCGAGCGGGAAGAGCAAAGACUGCGUAUUCACCGAGAUCGUACUGGAGAACAACUACACAGCCUUCCAGAACGCCCGGCAUGAGGGCUGGUUCAUGGCUUUCACCCGGCAGGGCCGGCCUCGCCAGGCCUCCCGGAGCCGCCAGAACCAGCGAGAGGCCCACUUCAUCAAGCGCCUCUACCAAGGCCAGCUGCCUUUCCCCAACCACGCUGAAAGGCAGAAGCAGUUCGAAUUCGUGGGCUCCGCCCCCACUCGCAGGACCAAGCGCACUCGGAGGCCCCAGUCCCAAACGUAGUCAGGGAGGCCUUAGUGUGCAAGGCUGGGUAGAUGCCCCUCAACAGCCUUCCCUCUUUUCUCUAACUCAUCCAAAGAUGGGGGCUGGGGUGGAAGGUGGGGAGCCAAACUCCAAAAGGACCCCGAGGGCAUGAAGUUUCCCACUGGGAAGAGACAGUACUUGUGUAUCCCAGGGUGAUCACCAUUUUAUGGAACAGGUUUGAAGUCAGAGGCAGACCCCAGGAGAAGAAAUAGGGUCCCCUGACCUACAUGCCUGCUUCCCAGCGUCUACCUGAGAUAAGCAGGCAGGUCAGCAGAUUUCAGGUCUUGCACAACUGUGCCCAAAUCUUGCUCUCAGAACCUCUCUAAAUCUGAAUAACCUAACUCUUGGCCAGACAGUAGGGACUGUUUUGUUUCCAAAAACAGACAGAGACAGAAAGAAACAAAAGCCAGUCACUUUUCAUAUUUCUCGCCCCAGGCCUGCCCCACCCCCAGCCCCAGAAUAAAACCAUUUUCCUGUAACCGGGUCCGCUAAAGAAAGGUGGGCAAUGAGACCGCAGAACUCAACUGCAAAGUGUCUGGUGCUGGCGGCACCGAAAAGUCAGGUGCUAGGCUGGGGAAGAUGGGCGCCUGGGCACACAGGUGCAGCAGUCUGCUUGUCCCGCUGCGCCGUACGGAGAGGCCGAGGCGCGCCCAGGCCCGGGGACUGGCGGCCCCUCCCUCCACGGGCUCGGAUGUCCAAGCUCACGCGACGUGUCCCUGCUACCUGUAGGAGAGAGGAAAACCCAGCCCCUAGGCGCGGCCCUGAGCGGCCGCUUGCAGGGACAGGCGUCCUGUGGGGCCCAGGCCCGGGGGAGGAGGGGGGUGGCAGGAUCACAGCCUGGGGACUCCAGAAGUCACCUCGCAGGGAGCAAGAUUGCUUUUUUCCGGUGAGCUGGGCUGGGAGUGGGAGGAGGUCUGGGGCGAGCGGAAGCGGGUGGGGGCAAGAAUGUGUCCCCUUGUUCUUUCCCGCGUCCCCCUAGGGGCGGAGGCGGGGGCACACCUGAGGGCAAGCCUCAAUUAGAAGCUGUCGCAGGCUGGGAAUGGAGGAGGAGGGCGCCCAGCCCCCACCGAGCUUCUCGGGUGGGCUUUCCCAGAGACUUCCAGGUGUGCCUAGGGGUGGAAACCAUAAAACCGCCUUUCCUACGGGGCUUCUUUUAAUCUUGUCAAGGGGAGGAGGUUCUUGUGUCUGGGACCCUCCUCUCAGUACUCUACUGCUGAUGGAAUCCUCAGCUUAAGUUUUCCCGUUUAAGAAAACGUUGGAGAGGAUAAUUACGGGGAGAGAUGAAAAGGGGAUGAAAGCUAACCUUCUUCCACUUCUCCCAAGAAUGACUUCAAAAAGUCCAGAACAGAAGUUGUAGGGCGAGGACACUGAUGUAGUCCGAACCAGAGGUGGGCUGCAGCAGACAGAACCAACUCAGAGCUGGGACGGAGCCUGACCCCCCAACCCCCACCCCCAACCCUGGCCCAUUUAGAAGGUGGAGCCGACAACAGCCAAGAGGGAGGUCCCGCAGGCCUAGGACUGACAUUCUCCUUCCAGUUCGUCAUAAUUGCUUUCACCAGGUUGCUUUUUUUCUGUCCCCCCAUCACAAAGAGCGUUAAUCCCAGUGAAGACCGCCGGACGUGUUGGGGGUAGUUUUCUGGGGUGUGUGUAGGGCGGGUGGUCUGGGGCUGCAGCUGAUAACUGGUGAGUUCAAUGGGACUUUAAAACUGGGGCAACACCCAGCAAUUACUUGAGGACAAAGAAUUGGGCCCCCAAGGUGUGGAGUAUUGGGACUUUGGGGGUCUGGGAGGACUCUGAGAAGGAGGGGGGCUCUGAUCCCUCUGAUUAUUGCAGGAAUUUGAGACAUUCUUUAAGACUCUAGACUGCCUCUCCAGCCGGGCCUUGGCCCACCCCCACCCUCCCUCUUGGGUUAGAGACAGCUUCAAAGGUGGACUGGGCCCUUUGUCUGGCCUGGGCUUUCUUCUCGGGCCUUUCUCGGCCCCUCCCUCCCUCUUUGACCUCCCCAGCACAGACAAGCCUCUCGGGGCCAGCUCCAGAAAGCCCUCACUGUUCCCUUUCUUGCCUUUUGAGGUGAGGCCUGGCAGGCAGGGACAGAGAAUGUAUGCCAAAGAGUGAAGGGCAGCUUCGGAGAGCAGGGUUAUAACGGAAGCCCGGGCAUCUCAGAGUCUUCAAUCCAUCCCAUCCCAGGUUGGGCUCAAAACCCACUCCUCACCACAAUUCUCAGGGUGUCUACCCAGCAGGCAGGCUCCCUACCCCAGGUAGCUUUUCACAUCCCAGAGCCUUCUGGACAGGUUUGACAGGAAAACGCUACAAUGGAGAAGGCAGAGCCAAGCUUGGUGGCCUACCCAUGUGAUCCCAGUCCUCUGGAAGCUAAGACAAGAAGAUUGAGACUCCACCUAAAUACACACAUGCACGCAUGCAUGCAUGCAGACAGACUGACAGACAUGGAACAGGUUUAAAGGAAUGGGUCCCCGGUGGUGAGGCAUAAUAUUGGAUAUUAGCAUAAGGAGUCUGUGACAGGAAAGUGGCUCUCAGGUUCACAGGACACUUGAGCAGCCCCAGACGCUUCUGAACAGACUCUCCGACAAUUGCUUCUUGCCAUAGGGGGCAAGAUGAACCCAUCCAGGGAGAAAAGGUAGAGGGAGGCAGGAGAGAGUGGGCUCCAGUCCUGUGAUGUAGCAUUACCAGACUCUACAAUGGAUUCCACAGCACUCUACCCUUCUGUCUGUCCCAUUGCCAUCCUGUCUCCAAAGGAUCUGGUGCGAGGUAGUCAGGAAUGAUGUCCACUCACUUCCAAUGCCACACGGCUGGUCCUACCUAAGUCACACUGUUCCACAAUGCCCAAUGGAUGCCAGUAGCCAGUGGCCUCCCACUUACAAGCCCUAGUCUUGUUCCAGUCCUUGCCUUGGCCUGCAGUAGAUUGUCCUCCCAAGGGCUUUGUGCCUUGCCCCUGUAGAAACCUCUCUAAGUCUUUCUAUGGGGUUUCUCUCCUGAGAGUUGUCACCUUGGAAGCCAUGGGCAUCCAUCAGCUGUCACUCCCUUGCGUACAGUUGCUCCUUGGCAGACCUCCUGAGGUUCUAUGUAAAUGAAGUCUCUACCUACCCACUUCUGUGCUUCCUCUUACCUGCCAAACACACACAGGCCCAUCACUAGCACUGUUUACAAACCUCCUGUCCAGCCUCCAUGUGAAGCUUUUAUAGACACAGCGAAACAAAAACACUUGUCCUGUAAGCACAAGCACACAUACGCACACACACACACACACACACUAGAUGCAAACCCCUCUGUUUUGCUUAUUUUAUUUAUUAUUGUGUGUGUAUGCAUGGAAUAUGUGUGGACACACUUUCCACAGCAUCCGUGUGAAGGACAGAGAACAGCUGGAGUUGGAGUUGAUUCUCCCCUCCCCACCUUUAUGUGGGUCCCAGCCAUCAAAUUCAGCUCUUUGGGCUUGACAGCGAGUGCCUUUCCCUGUUGAGUUGUCUCGCUGGGCCUGUUUUUGUUUUCUGAAUAAAAUUUUGUUUUUAUUUUA